AUGCAACGGUUCUCCGUCGUGCGCCCCGGGCUCAGCGUGCUGGGGGCCUGCUACACGUUCAUCGGAGACGGCGACCUGUCCCCUGUCGUGCGCUUGCCUGGAGAUGUUCUCGGUGAGCUCGCAGUUGCUGCAGGGCUCGUCUUCCUCGGCGAAGUGGACCUGUGCCGCGUGCCGUCCGACGUCGCCUUCACGACCGACAGCUCGCUGCGAGGCUACGCCGUCUGCGAAGCCCGGCUGGAGCCCUGGGAGGCGCUGGCGGCCACCAGAUGGCGGGAGCGCCAGCGGUUCGUCGCCACCGAGCCCGAGGUCGCGCCCGACGACGAGCAGUACGAGGGGCGGGCCGCCGGCUUCUGCGACAUCUCCGAGCCACUGCCCGUCGAGCUGCCGCCCCGGCUGCGGCACGCCGUGGCCAAGAGGCGCCGGGUCGAGUUGGAGAUCGGCGUCCCGCCCGAGCCGUUGGCGGACGCUCUGCUGGACGCUGGCCGCUGGGUGGAGCGCCGCCGUGGCGCGUGGCGCCGGCCAGGGCGUAUCCACGCCCUCGAGGCGCGCGCCGCCGUCGCACCGCUAUGGAGAGCGGCAGGCGACGUCAACUUCCACGGGAAGGAGAUCCUCAGUCUGUGCGACAACAUGUCGUCGGUCCUCGCCUUUGAGAAGGGCAGGGCCACCAAUUUUGAGCUCCUGGCGCAGUGUCGCCGGGCUGCGGCCGUCUGCUUCGGGUGCGAGAUCCGCUGGCGCCCGAGGCACGUGCCUGGCAUCUACAACGUCGCGGACCACGGGAGCCGGGCGGCUGACCGGGGUGAGCUCCUCCCCGGACGCUACCGCGGACGAGGCGCCCUGUCGGCGCCCACCAGCGGCAGCCGCCGAAUUCCCGUGGUCCCGCCAGCCGCGGGCUGGGCCAAGGCCUCGCCGACCACGGCUACCGAGUUUGAGAUCGGACGAGAGCAGGCCGAGCUGCUGGGAGUAAAAGGCACCAAGAUGAAGUCUCGAGAGUACUCCCCAACGAGCGACCCCGACGAGAUCGACAUGAACAUGUUCGGAGCCUCCCUGUUGCACCCGAGCCUCCGGGAGUUCCUCUACGGGGCCCACAUGUACACCUUGGGGCACGCGAAGAUCCUCAACAGGACCCUCCUGAGCGCCCUCGGCCUCCUGCAGUUCUACAACGGGGCCCACCUGUACAUCUUGGACCACGCGAAGAGCCUCAACGGGCACUGGCUAAGCGCCCUCGGCCUCCUGAAGUUCCUCGACGGGCAUCUCGUUGAACAUUGGCUCAAAUCGGGAGAAGUCUGGUGGGUCCACCUGGGCCUGCCUUGCACGAGGUGGGUGCCCGUCGGGGGGGCGCGCGAUCCAUCGCCGGCGGACCGCACGCUCGUGGCAUUCACAGUCCGUGUCUUGCGGCUCUGCCGAACCCUGGGGAUCUUCGUCACUUUCGAGAACCCGCCUGCGAGCCGAGUCUGGAAGUGGCCCGCGUUGCAGCGCGAGCUGCAGCGCCUUGCCUGGCCGAAGGUGCUGUUCGACUCGUGCAGGUUCGGGGCGCCCUUCAAGAAGCCAGGUCCGGCAUCCGACGCGAGGCUGGACGUGGCGGACGACUCUGGCCGGGGCUUACCCACCCAGCUGGUGCCGCCUGCUGGCCUCGUUGGCCAGGGUGGGCCACCGCGCUCGACCCGCGCCCGCGCAGCCGCUGACGUGGCGGUUGCACCAGCGCCGGCGCAGCCGCGGUCGCACUGGCAGCCGCGGGCAACGGCUGGCGUCGGCGCCCGCGAGGCAGACGUCGAGGCAGGCGCCGACUCAGCCGUGCUGACGCCCAGGCGUGCAGGCCGGAGCCAACGUGACCCUGUCCCUCGUCCAGUGGCCGUGGCCGCCCGGCGCCGCCGAGCGCAGGCUGCCGCGCGUGGAGACGUCGCUGCUGGUCAGCGACAGGCCGCCCCUGGAGAGUACCUCCGCCUGGCCUCGCUGCGGCCAGCCACGGUCGACAGCUACGCGUCCGCCGUGAUCGAGCUGACCGACUACGCCAAUCGCCGGGGCUUGCUGCUGACCACGCCGGAGCUGGCAGACGAGACGCUCAACUUGUACUUCGAAGACUUGUUCUUUGCAGGUGAGCCCCAGUACCUGGCUCGAAACGCGUUGCAUGGGCUCUGCAAAGUUCGAGGAUGGUCUGCUAGCCGACCUCGCUUCCAUAAGGCCAAAGAUGCCCUGACUGGUUGGGCGGCGAAACUGCCGGCUACGCCACGAGAGCCGCCACCGUUCGAAGCCGUCCAGCUGACCUGUGCCGUGCUCGACAACGGGACCACGUCCGACCUGCUGGCGUGCCUGGCCUCCGUGACCGGGUUCGACAUGUACUUCCGGCCAGGCGAGUUGCUUGCCAUCAAGCCAGAGCACGUCUUCGGCUCUCGUACGUCUGGCAGGGCUUCUGACAUCACCGUCGUCGUAGCACCGCUUGGCGACGACAAGCCAGCCAAGAACAAAGAUUUCGACUGUACGGUGAAGGCCGGCACUGACCUGCCG